AUGAAUUGCCAACACGAUGACACAUUGAACAGCAACGGUGGUGGUGCAAAGUCCAAUCCCUUUCUGAACAGCUACGAAAGUCUGAACAUAUCGAAGAACAGCUCCGCUGAAGAAAUUGCAGAAAAAUAUUUGAGGAGUAAAUUGAGCUUGGAUUUUAAAAACAUUGGCAAGGCAAGUUACAGUGUCAGUGGAGGUGCUAACAAGAAUUUUUAUGAAAGCAGGAAUGCAGCGGGGAAGUCCAACAUUGGCAGAACGGCGAAUGGUGAGAGAGGCCAUUUUAACGGUGGGAGUGGCCAGACAAGCUAUCGUAGUAGAGCGAAUGACUACUCGCGGCCUGAACGGGAGGCGAACACGAACUAUGACAGCCAUUUCAAUAACGCGUCGAUUUUUUCCGAGUCAGGAAACACGAACAGCGGCGGUGCCGGCAAUCUCCAUUUUAACUACUGCCCUCAACAGAAUGAUCAGAGCCGAGGGUACACAAAUUCAGUUUUGCUCUCAAAUAACAUGACCAAUUUUUUUAGCUCCACAAACUCGGCUAGUCCAACCGAUUUUACACACCUCAGCAAGUUCAAAGAGGAAGAAAAAAGCAGCUACUACGUGGAAGACCAGUUUUUGAAGUUCGACCAGGGUACCUCGAAAGCGCUGCCGGACGAGGAUCCCAACAACAGGGUCAUUAAGAUGAGCAGCAUUGACGAGUUGCUUAAGAAGUAUGGAAGCAGCGGUAGCGGCAUGGGCAGGGGCAUGGGCAGGGGCAGCGGCAUCGACGUGGAGCGCACUGCAGGCAGUAACACACACCCACAGCGCAGAUUUGGAGGAGGAGUCAACCCCAUUUUCCAUCGCCCAAGCAGGAUGGAGAAUUCUGAAGGAACCAAAAUUAAAACCUCCUUGGUGAGCAAAGCAGAAGGUGCAAGUGGAAGCCGCUUGGGAAGGGACAGCAACGAGAGCCACUACCCCAACAGGAGCGUCCACCCCAACAGGAGCCACUACCCCAACAGGAGCUUCCACCCCAACAGGAGCCACUAUCCCAGCCGGAUGAGCAGAGUCGGUCGAGACACCUCCCAGGGUAGCAGUAGUAGUAAAAAAAAAAACUUAAUGCAAAGAAAUAAAGACUAUGUACAGUACCUGAGCAACCGAAAUAGCAUCCUGAAGAACGAGGUAUCCAUUAGGAAAGACCUAGGGAAGAAGAAAGGAGUCCACAGCAAGUUGGAAAGCACGUACUUGAGGAGAAAAACAAAUAUGGAUGGAAUGAGACGACACGGAUCGCUGUUCAGCUCUGUUCUCAGGGGCUACCAGAGCAGGUGCAACAACGAGAACGAGCUGAUUAGCGACAUGAGCAUUUUUAACAACAGCCAUGUUGAGGCUGCUCAGAAUAGCAGUAGUUACAGGGGGACGAUGGAGAAGGGAAAUCCGAACUUGAGCAGGAGAGGUGAUGGGUCUGGGAAUUGCUUUGCUGGGGGUAAUUCGGGGCUCACUGAUCAUAUUGGAAGUAGCGCCAUCAACGUGAGUUUCCUCAAAUCGACCUACUCCGACUCGAGCAAGCUGGUAGACUUGCCUGUGAACGGGGGCGCAAGUAGGGGCGUGAAUGCCCCCCUAGGUGGACCCCUAAGUGGACCCCUAAAUGGACCCCUAAAUGGACCCCUAAACGGCCUAACAAACGACAGUUCCGAUUUGGUCUCGCUCGGGAGGAGAAUCCCAGCCGGUGAAUCAUUAACGAGCAGUGUGCACAUGUCAGCGAUGCACCCCAGCAAGGACACGUCCAGGCAUUACAACGAGUUAGGUAGCAAGCCCGAGCUGUACGGUGCGCUCUAUGGCGAGGGCGGCGCAAGUGCUGCAAGUGGUGCAUGUGCUGCAGGUGGCCUCGUCAGACACACUGCGGUGAGAGGAGAACAAAAUGGGGAGUACUUUCCCCCCGGGGAUGCAUACCAUGACAAGGGAAACAGCGGUGGGUAUGAAAAGAAGCUACCCCCCACGGGUGACUACUUAGUGAGAAGCGGUGAAAAGGGUCCCAUUAGGAACUGCAACCAGAGCGUCCGCAGUGGAAGCCGCGGUGAAAGCCGUAGUGGAAGCCGCAGCGGAAGCCGUAGUGAAAGCCGUAGCGGCAACCCUAGCGGCAGUCGUAGUGGCAACCCUAGCGGCAGCCGUAGUGGCCCCGGGGCGGACCCCAACCGGGGGGAGUUUCUCGGAUACAUGGCCCCUAACUCGGUGAGAUCGGAUAACGAGAAGGGAGUGAAAAAAUUCUUGCACCCGUUGUACUUGUCCGAAAAGAAACUAAGUAGCAUAUUCAAUAACAAAGUGGAGAGCACCAAUCUGGUCAGCAGUAACGUGAGUGUGUACAGUGGAGGGAAGAGAGAGGGAGCUGUCCCACACGGUAGUGAGAGGAAAUCAAGUCAGUACAAAAUAACCCACGGGGGCAUGCUAAACCUGAACGGGGGAAUAAUACAUUCUGCUGAGGGAUAUCACCCCGGGGUGGUGUCAAAGGAAAAAAAAAAAAACAUGAACCAAGUGGGUAGCAUACACACUUAUGAAGAUUACUGCAAGUACAUCUCCGAGUCGAUCAAUGCCAUACCCAUAACGACAAAAAACAUAGAUGUGUUGCUUGCCUUGGCAUUGUAUUCUCUAACUGAUGAGAUAAAUGGGAACACGAAGAGCAGCGAGCUUGCAGACCAGGUCCUCAUAAAGCUACUGAACAAGUUUUUUGCAAAAAAGAGCGGGACCAAUGACCAGCCCAACCAAGUUAACCUAUUCACCUUCUACAACAAACGAAUCGUGUUGGAGAAGAAAGACAAAGUGGAGAGCACAGACGAAAAUCACACAGGACUCCUCCCGAACCAAAGUCGUCACUUCUGUGAGGAUGGAAAUUACAAGAAAAAGUGCUUCUUCCUUGAUGAAAACAUGAAAAUAAUAACCCUUGUGGAAGUAUUAAAAAUAGCUUGGUGCUUGUGUGUGUUGAAAAAAAAUAUGCAUUACGUGGAUUUGCUGAGGAUCCUAUACAAGGAGGUCGAAUGCAUGAGAGUGUCCAAGGAUCUGGUUUUCUGUGUGAGUUACCUUUUUACGUAUUGCAAUAUAAUCCACGUGGAAGAAUGCAAAUCGGAAUUGAUGAAGCAUGUACAUCUAACGUUAGAAGAGAGUAGUAGUGAAAACCUGUGCAUGUAUCUGCACCUCCUUCAUAUAUGCAGUGCACACGACAUGAGCUUCUUAACCAACCACAGGAAGAACGUCGAUAGAAUUGUGGCUUACUUUUACGACAGGGUAGAGCAUAUAAGCUUGUAUGUUUGCACGAACAUCCUAUGUGCCUUGUCUAAUUUGGAUAUUAAAAAUGGAGACUACCCCUACUUCUUUCACAAAACACUGAACUAUUUUCGAAGUAACAUUAAGAGACUCACCAAGUGUGUGCUUCUGGUCAACAUCCUAUGGUCCUUGUGCUUGAUAGAGGUAUGUUGCACCGAUUUUUUCAAAGAUCUGAGCGAAUACAUUAUUAGCAUUUUGCAUUUCCUACCCCUGGGAGAGUUCAUCACCAUCUCGUGUUGCUUCAGCUGUCAGAAAAUGCUCAUUGUGAGAAAUUAUCUCAAUAAUGUCAGGAAGACAGGGGGGGAGGGGAAGUCGGCGCAGAGGUACGGGGUCAUCGUUUCGAAUGAGAGCGAGAGGGAGUACAGGACGUACGAGCCCGUCGCUGCUGAGUACUACGCGCGCAGGAAGCUCUUCCCCUACUCCUUCUACCGCCGACCUGUGUGCCACGCGCUCGUCUUUAAGAUCCUCGCGUAUGGCUUCCUGCAGUAUGAGCAGCGGGAGGGUGGGGAAGCGAUUCCAGGUGAGGCGGCCCCAGGAGAGGCGCUCCCCGGUGAGACGUUCCCAGGAGAGGGGGCUUCCGGAAAGGCGCUCCCCGGAGAGGCUAUUCCCGGUGAGCCGACUAGAGACCACAUCGACCGAAGCGGUGCCAGGAGGAAAACCUGCAGGAGCCUCAGCGUGGAGAACAGCAAGGGCGGCUCCCCCGGCGCGCGCGAUUUCGGUGCGCACAGCUCUCGCUUUAACAGCUCCAGCAUUUGCAGAGCGGGCGGUGUUGGCGGUGUUGGCGGAGAACCCCGGAACGAGGUGCAGAAGAACAAGUACCCCAAGAAACUCAGCGAGAAAAAAAAAAUAAAAGAACACUAUAACAUGUAUGAACAGAGUAACAAGUACGAGUUUGUGUUGAACUCAUGCGAGAGGAUCCUAUUUGAGAAUCUAAUCGAAGACUGCUGCAACAAUUUCGAGGAGCUAAAGUGUAACCACCUGGUCGAGCUGCUCUUCACUCUGUGCACGCUGAACUUGGACAGAUCGAAGAUCGUUAAGUUGGUUGAAAAAAAAAUCGAUUGCGUCCUUUUUGAGGAUAACUAUGAAAAAGCAGUGAAGAAGAAAAAAAGUUUACAUAAGGACCUCACCGAGGAGGAAAAAAAAAACGAAAGAAAUGACCUCAUCAUCCUUAACUACAUUUACAGUAAGUAUGUAGAGGAGAGUAGUCACUACUUGGAGAGGAGCGACGUCGACAAGGGGUUCCUUCAAAUGGUAGACAAUGUAUUCUUCUGCAGGUAUAUCAAAGAUGAGUUAUUUCUACGGGUCAUUAAAACGAGCAAAGGGGUAGAGAGAAGCAGCACCGGCGCGUUCUCCAAAUUGAGGCAUAUUUUAAAUGCAGCAACGGUGAGUAGGGAGAGUCGCGAAAGUAGGGACACUGCGGUUAGUAGCGGGCACGUGGGGAACAGGAACUCGGGGAAGGAAAUCCCCCCUGAAGAAGGAGAAAAUAAGUCCAACUCGCACCAGCAUGGUGAAUAUAGCGUUAGCGGAUCGAGGGGAGACAUACAAGAGAGACGGCACAAGGGAGGAGAACACCUCGGGGGGAAUGCCUCCAACCAGGAGAGGGGCAUUACUCUGAGUGGAAGUGGACUAAUCGAUGGGUAUCCCCCAGGGGGCAACAUCCAGAUGGGGGACAAGCUGGUGGAGCGCCCCGAUGAGGUAGAGCUACGGAAUGGAGGAGGUGAGUACGCAGGUGAGGAGGUGGACCGAUCUGAGCGUGUGGACCGAGUUGACCGUGUGGACCGAGUUGACCGUGUGGGAGACACGCCCAGGCAGCUAAGCAAGUUCAAGCAGGACCUAAAGCAAACGUACGACGCUGCCAUUUCCUAUUGCAACAAGCGGACCAAUAAUUUAGGGAAGGGCACUCUCCUGAGCAGCAGUGGGGGUGCAGAUAUGGCAUUACAAAAUGGAUACCCCCAACAGAACGAACCAUUUUUGAAUAACGAAAUUUACGACCACAUAGUUGCAAAGAGAAAUAUAAAAAAUAUUAUGAACAGACAUAAGGAGAAGGGGAUGGUCGAGAAAAUUUUUUCAUCAUCAUGCGGUGACGGCACUGCUGCCCAAGCCAGCAACUGCGAGCGGGCAAAGGAGAAACACAGCUUCAAUUUUUACAGGACGUUUAUUCUGCUGCUGCAGCUUUCUGCCCUAUCGCUGCUUUCCUUCGUCGUCCUCUUUGUGUACACGUCCCUCAGGUAG